AUGUCGGCACCAUCAGACAACCUCCGCUUCUUACACGGCAACGAAAUAUCGCAUCCAGACGAAACCCUGGGCUUAUUCAAUCGAGCAGCUUCCUCCGAACACGAGUUCGAGUCACUUGACGACGACGACGCCUUCUUAGACGCCACAACCGGCGUCUUCUUCGAGACUACAACCGGUGUCGUCUUCGCCGACCCAGCUGUUGUCGCCUUCUUCACUGCAACAUCAUCCUCCGAACGCGAGUCAGAGUCACUCGACGACUCCGUCUUCUUCGAUACCACAAACGGCGUCUUCUUCGCCACCGCAACAGGUGUCGUCUUCGCCGCCCAAGCUGGUGUCGCCUUCGUCACUGGAACCACCUCCUCCGAACUCGAGUCCGAGUCACUCGACGACUCCGCCCUUUUCGACAAAACAACCGGAUUCUUCUUCGCCACUGCAACGAGUGCCGUCUUCGUCGCCCCAACUGAUACCGCCUUCUUCACUGCAACUUCCUCCUCCGAACUCGAGUCCGAGUCACUCGACAACGCCGCCUUCUUCGACACCACAACAGGCGACUUCUUUGGCACUACAACCGGCGCCGUCUUUGCCGCCCCAGCUGGUUUCGCCUUCUUCACUGGAACCUCCUCCUCCGAACACGAAUCCGAGUCACUCGAUGACUCCGCCUUCUUCGACACCACAACGGGCGUUUUCGUCGCCACUAUAACCGGUGUCGUCUUCGCCGACCCAGCUGGUGUCGCCUUCUUCACUGGGACCUCUUCUUCCGAACUCGAGUCCGAGUCACUCGAUGACUCCGCCUUCUUCGACACCGCAACCGGCGUCUUCUUCGACACUGCAACCGGUGGCGUCUUCGUCGCCCCAGCUGAUGUCGCCUUCUUCACUGGAAGCUCUUCCUCCGAACUCGAAUCCGAGUCACUCGACGACGACGACGCCUUCUUAGACGCCACAAUCGGCGUCUUCUUCGCCACUGCAACCGGUGCCGACUUCGCCACCCCAACUGAUGUCGCU